CGCUCCUUCCCCUUUGAAUUCGAUGCCAAUUUCUUCACAAUUUAUCCCCAAAUUUAGCUCGCUCCUCCGUCGUCAAUCAUGUCAAUUGCAAGAUCGAGAUGUAUCCUGAUCUUUUCUUUAUCCUCAAUCUCAAAAGGUACAAACCCUAACCCUAAUCCCCGAAAUUACCGUAAAUUCUCAUCCGGUACACCUUCUGAUGUGAACAACGGACUGAUGCGAACUGAAAAUCUUGAUAAAGUUGCUCAUUUUAAGUCAAAAAUUGAUGAAAUUUGCCGAAUUUUAGAAAAUAGUGCUUUGGGUGAUGACUUGGGGAGUGCCCUCUCUUCGAUUCACGAGAAACCCAGUCCUCAAAUUGUUGUAGGAGUUUUGAGAAGGGUGAAAGAUUUGAACUUGGCUAUGAAUUAUUUCAGAUGGGUCGAAAAUUUUAGUAAAGAACAGCAUUGUUCAGGAGCGUACAAUUCUUUGCUUAUGGUGAUCGCAAGAACUAGAAAUUUUGAUGUUUUAGAGAAGAUAUUGGAGGAGAUGAGUGUUCUCGGAUUCAAGCCAUCGGAUAAAGCUUGUUUGGAGAUGGUUGAGAGUUUAGUAAAGGAUGGGAAGCUGAAAGAAGGUGUUAAUGUGGUUGAAAUGAUGGAGAAAUUUAAGUUUCGGCCUGCAUAUUGGGCUUACACUACUCUGAUCGCGGCCCUUACUGAUGCUAGUGAACUCGAUGCGGCCCGCAAAUUGUUUCAGAAGAUGCAGGAUUUGGACUAUCAAGUGAAUGUGCAAUUGUUCACGACUUUGGUUCUAGGGUUUGCUAAAGAAGGUGAGCUUGCGUUGGCACUUUCCUUAUUGAACGAGUUGAAGAGUAGUUCAUUUGCUUCAGGUAUUGUUCUCUACAAUGUUUGUAUUGAUUGUUUUGGAAAAGUGGGAAAGGUUGAUAUGGCUUUGAAAUUCUUUCAUGACAUGAGAACACAAGGGAUUAACCCGGAUGAUUUUACAUAUUCUCGCAUCAUUGGAUUUCUUUGCAAGGCUAAUAGAUUAAAUGCAGCUGAAGACUUGUUCGAGCAAAUGAUACUAGAGAGGGAAGUCCCUUGUGCUCAUGCUUACAAUAUAAUGAUUAUGGGCUAUGGUUCAGCUGGCAAGUUUGAUCAGGCUUAUCGGUUAUUAGAGAAGUUUAGAGAAAAGGGAUACACUCCAAGUGUUAUUACAUAUAAUUCUCUCCUUAAUUGCCUUGGCAAAAAGAGGAGAGUGGAUGACGCUCUUAAGGUUUUUGAGGAGAUGAAAAAAGAUGCAGAACCUAAUGCUACAACCUAUAACAUCAUUAUUAGUAUGCUUUGUAUGGAAGGUAGAUUAGAAGAUGCCUCUCGAAUUAGAGAUAUAAUGCAAAGUGCUGGCUCAUUUCCCAACCAAAAUACAGUGAACAUGAUGGUUGAUAGGUUUUGUAAGGCUCAGAAGCUAGACGGAGCUCAUAGUAUAUUCGAUGAUGUUACAUAUAGGUAUCUAAUUGAUGGAUUUGGAAAGAAAGGGAGGGUUCAUGAGGCCUACAGUCUGUAUAAAGAAAUGUUGGAUGCUGGCCAUAGCCCUAAUGCCAUUAUCUAUACUUCUUUGAUCAGAAAUUUCUUCAAGCAUGGUAGAAAUGAAGAUGGACAUAAGAUCUUUGAAGAAAUGAAACAUAGAGGUUGUCCUCCAGAUCUCACCCUUUUGAACACUUACAUGGAUUGUGUUUUCAAGGCUGGUGAGAUAGAAAAAGGGCAAAGUUUAUUUGAGGAUAUAAAAGUUCAUGGUUUCUCCCCUAAUGUACAUAGUUAUUCUAUACUGAUUCAUGGACUCAUAAAAUCUGGUCAACUUCAAGAUAUGUACAAGCUAUUUUGUGCAAUGAAAGAACAAGGUCUUGCACUUGAUUCCUUGGCCUAUAACACAGUCAUUGAUGGGUUCUGCAAGUUAAGCCAGGUGGAUAAAGCUUAUGAGCUUUUCGUGGAGAUGAAAUCAAAGGGAUGUGACCCCUCUAUUGUUACAUAUGGAUCUGUUAUUGAUGGGCUUGCGAAAAUUGACAGGCUUGAAGAGGCUUACAUACUUUUUGAAGAAGCAAAAUCAAAAGGAAUCGAGAUAAAUUUACCAUUGUAUGGUAGUCUUGUUGAUGGGUUUGCGAAAGUGGGGAGGAUUGAUGAAGCGUAUUUAAUCAUGGAAGAGUUGAUGCAAAAGGGUUUAACUCCAACCUUGUACACAUGGAAUUGCUUAAUCCAUGCUCUAGUGAAGGCAAAGGAGAUCGAUGAAGCUCUUGUCUGCUUUCAGUCGAUGAAAGAGAUGAGUUGUGCAGCUAACACCUUUACUUACUGUAUUCUUAUUAAUGGCCUCUGUCGAGUUCAGAAGUACAACAAAGCUUUUUUCCUUUGGCAAGAAAUGCAGAAACUAGGUUUAGUUCCCAGUGAUAUUACAUACACUACUAUGAUCUCAGGCCUUUCAAAGGCAGGGAAUAUUGCUGAAGCAAAUAGCCUUUUUGAGAAGUUUAAAGCGAGUGGAGGUAUAUCUGACUUAGUUCGUUUUGAUGCUCUUAUAGAAGGCAUGAGUAAUGCUAAUCGCGCAAUCGAUGCAUAUAGGAUAUUUGAAGAGACUCGACUUAGGGGUUGUAAGAUUAACGCCAAGACUUGUUCAAUUCUUCUUAAUGCACUACAAGAGUCAGAGUGCCCUGAACAAGCUGCUACCAUCGGAGCUUUUUUAAGGGAGAUGGAAGAGUCACAGCAUGCUGCUAGAUCCUUGUAAAUUACGAAGAACAGAGUGGGUAAACGUUUAACUUAUGAUGUGGAAAUGGGUGGCUCUUCUUUUUGAAGAGUGUGCGGCAUACGUGAGACUUGACGGUGUUACUUUGGGGGAUUUAAGUGAAAAAUCUUCAAGGGGCUUACUGAAAAACAAGUUCAAGGGGUUAUUUUAAAAACCCCUCCAGCUGUGCGCGCGCGCGGAAUUAACUUAAAGGACU